AUGGCAUCUUCAGAAGCAGACUACAUCAUCGUCGGCGGCGGACUUACAGGCUGCGUUGUUGCAUCGCGUCUCAAGCAGCGAGAUCCGUCUCUGGAUAUCCUGGUCCUCGAAGCAGGUCCUGACCCGUCUAACAACCCGAAUGUGAAGACCUUUCCCGGUCUGUUCUCGCUUCUCGACUCGGACUUGGACUGGUCUUAUGCGACUACACCGCAGGCCAAUACUGCGAAUCGCGAACAUACCGUCCACGCGGGUAAAGCCCUAGGCGGCGGAAGCACCAUCAACUUUGGCGGAUGGAGUCGCGGUGAUUCAAGGGACUAUGAUCUGUGGGCGACUACUGUUGGCGACACUCGCUGGGGGUUUAAAGGGCUACUGCCUUACUUUCGCCGGUCGGAGUCGUUCUUUGACCACAGUGCUGACCCGGCAUAUCAUGGAUUCGAGGGCCCGGUUCGUGUGACGUCUGUGUCGGAGAGUGAUCCAAAGCGACGGUACCCUCUCCGUGAACCGAUCAGGGAUGCUUGGCUUGAGCUAGGCGAGAAGUUUAACCCUGGUGUAGGAUCUGGCCAGCUCUCUGGCAUUGUGGAGUUCCUGGAGACCUGGGAUGGUGGAGAGCGACAAGCCGCGUAUCAGGCGUAUACUCUCGACGGUGUCCAGUGUAUCACUAAUGCUGCUGUUCAUAAAGUCGAGUUUGAGGAAGGACUAGGUGAUCAGAAGAAAGCGUCUGCAGUUCUCCUCACAGACGGUCGUCGCUUUACUGCACGCAACGAAAUCAUCCUGGCGGCCGGUGCACUGCGCACUCCCCAGCUUCUGAUGCUGUCCGGCAUUGGACCGACAGAGACCUUGACGAAGCAUGGAAUUCGGACGACAGUCGACGCUCCCGACGUGGGAAAGAACCUGAACGACCACUUCGCCCUGUACCAACUAUACAAACUCCAGAACCCCGAUCGCGGCCUCGCACUGGGAAGUCCUGCCCUCUCCGAUCCAGCUUUCAUGAAAGGCCUUCCCGCAGAUUGGGCUGUGAACCAGCAGAUCCCGAGGGAUAUCAUAGAAGCAGCCGUGCAAAAGGACAGAGAGCGCUUCGGUCCAGACUCAGACGACUCCGCUCUCAUUCCAGGCCGUCCGCUUGUUGAAACACUGGCCGUCUAUGCACCGGCUGGUGUACCGAAUGUCCCAAUGGACGGUAGUCUCAUCGUCACCUCUGUCAUGCUCCUCGCCGCGACUUCCAGAGGGAGUGUAAGCAUCAGCUCAGCAGACCCAUCCGAUCCUCCCGUAGUAGACUCAAACUACUACGACACCGAAGCUGACCGCGCCACACUUAUCCACGGUGCGCGCCGCACAACGAAGGCAAUGCUCGACACUGACGCGCUGAAGGGGUAUAUUGAGUGCGAGGUCCCUCCGCCGGGGAUGUCUGCUUUGUCGUCCAAGUCUUCUGAUAACGAGUUCGAUGCCCGCAUUAGGGCUACGGGCAUGGCGCACCAUCAUCCGGCUGGGACGGCGGCUAUGGGGAGGGUUGUUGAUGCGGAAUUACGGGUUUAUGGGGUACGGGGUCUUAGGGUUGUGGAUGCGAGUGUGCUUCCUGUGAGUAUUGGGGGACAUCCCCAGGCGACGCUUUAUGCUGUUGCUGAGCAGGCGGUCGACAUGAUUUUGGGGGUUAGUUCUUAA